GGGCGGGCCGGGCAUGGCGCUGGCCGGGGACGAGCCCUUCAGCCCCUCGGUGCUGGGCACCAGGGAGCACUGGGAUGCUGCGUACGAAAGAGAACUGCAAACUUUUCAAGACAUUGGAGAUACCGGGGAAAUCUGGUUUGGAGAAGAAAGCAUGGUGCGCAUAAUCAGGUGGUUGGAAAAGCACAGGGUCCCCUUUGACAGCUCUGUGCUUGACAUUGGGACUGGGAACGGUGUUUUACUGGUUGAAUUGGCAAAGUCUGGCUACAUGAAUCUCACAGGGAUUGAUUAUUCACCAUCUGCAAUACAACUUUCAGAAAAAGUAAGAGAGAAAGAAGGGAUGCCUAACAUUAAAUUAAAGGUAGAAGACUUCCUGGCACCCUCAGCUGAGCUGUCAGGCUUUGACAUUUGCAUUGACAAGGGAACUUUUGAUGCCAUAAGCCUCGACCCCAGUGACGCGGUGGGGAAGCGGAAGCUGUACGUGGGAUCCCUGUGCAGGGUGCUGAAACCAGAGGGCUUCUUUCUCAUCACCUCUUGCAACUGGACCAAGGAGGAGCUGCUGAACGAGUUCAGAGAAGGAUUUGAAAUUCUGGAGGAGCUGCCAACACCCAAGUUUUGCUUUGGAGGAAGAAUUGGAAACAGUGUAACAGCAUUGGUUUUCCAAAGGAAAAAAGUGAGGCCAUCCAUCUUGGACAAAUUAGAUUAGAUGAGAAAAGUCUGAACUUUAAACUUGACAGAAAACCUCAGACACGUGUGUAAAUAAAUGCUUUUUGAGUGCACAGUAAAAUACUAUGUAUGGAGCUCUAAGGGACUAUAAAACAUUGCCCUAGAAACAUUUCAGCUUUGCAUAAUUUGCCCAUAAAUUGUGUCCUUGCUACAACCUUACUUGUUUUAGGGAAGCUGCAAGUUUGUAAGUGAGUGGGAAGUCAAAUGUGCUAAGUACAGAGACAAUAUUACUGAGUGAUAUUUGUGUUUGAAACAUAAAGAUUAUCUGAUAUUUAGUUUCUGUGCUGGUAAGCAGUGACCUGUAGAGGUAAAGGUAUCCUACAAAGCAAAAA